ACAAGCUGACUUGUGAGAGCAAGAGUUUCUACAGUUCUGCAUCACAUUUGCUCUCCUACUUUACAUUCAACACAUCCAUCAUCCUCGCUCUUGAGUCCUCUCUCUCGUAGUCUGAAGAGAUGCCUCGGUUCUUCCUCUUCUGCUUGGUGUCCAGCCAACUGGCCAUGACCACCGUCAUGGCGCGGCCGUUCGCCGUCUUCUUGGACGGCGGCGCGAUGAGAAGCGUAGCAGACGCUCCUUCCGCUCCUGAUGUGCUGCACGCGCACUCCCUGCUCGAGUCCAGGUUCGUCGGGUCGCCGCUGAGCUCGCACCACCGCCAGCACGGCCCCUUCGACCGGACGUUCGCCGGCGGCAAGAUCAUCGUGGCGGGCCUCGCCGCGGCCAUCAUCGUCGCCAUCUUCUGCUACAUCCGGAUCACGAGGAAGAAGAAGGUGGAGGUGGCAGUGGAGCCAAAAGUUUGAUUACUAGGCCUGACCAUACUCCUUCGACUUCAGAGAAAAGAAAAAAAAAAUAAUCGUUUGAGUUCCACAUACACAGAGUGAGGAUGGAUAUAUGGGUGCAAGUGUAAACCCCGUAGAUCCGUUGUAACAUGUAAACAAGUAUUUGUGACGAAUAUAGAUGGUUUCUGUGCCAGAAUCCUUCGGU